UUUAGCACCACAUGACAACAUUACACCUUAUCCAAGAGACAAGGGAAGCAAAUUUAGAGGGGGUCCAGCUCAACCCAAGUGCUAGGCAGAAUGGGGGAAAGAGAUGACCCAAUUUUCUGUUGCUGCUUCUUCUGCUCAAAGCCUUCACACCCAUUGCUCAUUCUUCCAUGGCUCUGCUAAUCGCCACUCAAAGCCACUCUCAUCACCCUCGCCCACCAUUCAUCACCCCGCCAGGUUUUCAAUCCGAGUUGCAAAUGACUCAGAAAGAGGCAAGCUGUCUUCUGAUGUUAUUACCAGUGAAAGAUCAGAUGCUGACAAGCUGGUAGAUGGCAUGGAUUUCGGCGAACUCUGCAAUGAGUUUGAGUGCAUUAGCAGCCCUUCAGUUGAAGCCACUGCAAGGCUGCUUGUCAAGAACAUCAUAGAACUUCGCGAGGGCAACAGCGCCAUUGGAACAUAUGCAGUGUCUGUCAAAUACAAGGAUCCGGUCCGGAGUUUCACUGGUCGAGAAAAGUACAACAGGCCCCUGUGGAUAACAGAUGCAUUAGAAAACCCCACAGCUAGUGUGCAAGAAAUGGUGAUGUUAUCGACCAGUGUCUUGAACAUCAAGUGGACAAUCAGAGGAAAACCGAAAUCUGUUCUUGCUGGCAUAGCGGGUGAUGUUAUAAUCAAAGUUGACUCCAAGUUCACUCUGAACCAGAUCAGUGGGCAAGUGGUUGAGCAUGAAGAAGUGUGGGACUUAUCGUCAUCAUCUGUCGUUGCUCGAACGUAUUUCUGGACAUCGAGGCGGCUGUAUGCCAGCAUCGAGGCCGGGAAGGACACUGCAGACUUUGUGAAGGACGUGACGAGAAGAUUCACCACAGAAAACAAAAACAUGGAGGUUUAUCCAGACUCCUAUAGUGAUCCAACUAAGUUUUUCCAGAGGGACGACGACUUCCAGAGAGACUUCUAUCAGAUUGCACUGUUUCUGGCAGUUGUGUAUUUAGUCAUACAGUUUUUGAGGACAACCUUGUAAGUAACAUUGUGUUUCCCUCAUGUUAAGUGCUUCUGUUCUAUAUCUGUAAGUAUUGAUGAUGUUGUAUCAACUACAUACACUCAAAAGCUAUAACACCAACUUAUACUUCAUUGUAAUGUAAUGCAAUGCUAAAUCACCAUUGUUAUUGGCACUGCUGAUACACAAUUUUAUAGGGUUUUAUAUAUCA